UCCCUACACGAGACCCAUCCCGGCAUAGUCCGAAUGAAGGCGUUAGCCAGGAGCUACGUCUGGUGGCCGGGAAUGGACGGGGAGAUUGAGACGUGGGUGCGCAGGUGUCAAACGUGUCAGGAGUCAAGGCCUGAGCCCCCCAGCGCCCCCGCCACACGGUGGGAGUCCACCCGGAAGCCCUGGUCGAGGCUCCACAUCGAUUUUGCGGGGCCAUUCCAGGGUCAAAUCUUCAUGAUCAUUGUGGACGCCUAUUCCAAAUGGCUGGAGGUCAUUCCCGUAGGGUCCACCUCAGCGGCCGCCGCCAUCAAAGCGCUGCGCAGGGUCUUGUGCACACACGGUAUUCCGGAUACCAUAGUCUCAGAUAACGGGACAGCAUUCACAGCGGCGGACUUCCAAGGGUUCCUCAAUAGAUACCUGAUUAAACACAUUCGCUCCGCCCCCUUUCACCCGGCCACCAACGGCCAGGCGGAGCGGAUGGUCCGCACAACCAAGGAAGGACAGAUCUUCCUAAUCAUUGUAGAUGCAUACACAAAAUGGUUAGAGGUCAUCCCCGUAGGGUCUACCUCGUCAGCAGCAGCCAUUAGAGCAUUACGCAGGGUCCUGUGCACCCACGGUAUCCCGGACACCAUAGUCUCGGACAACGGGACAGCGUUCACAUCGGGGGAAUUCCAGGCGUUCCUCCAGCGGUACCUCAUUAGACACAUCCGGUCAGCUCCCUUCCACCCGGCCACCAACGGCCAGGCCGAGCGGAUGGUCCGGACAACAAAAGAGGCCCUGGGC